GCCGCUCUGCCGGUUUGAACGUGGCGGGCCUGAUGUGGGCGGCGGGGCGGUGGGGGGCUGCCUCGCCCCCUCGCGACACCAGGUUCCCGGCCUACAGCAGGUCCAGGUCGCGGUCCUCCUCGGGCCCCUCCGUCGUCAUGGCGGGCGCCCGGGGGCAGGGCCUGGAGGCGGUGGCGGGGUGCUCGCUGUCGCCGCCGCUGAGCUGCACUAGCAAUUCCACCAUGUCUCUGUUGUCCCCCCUCGGCCACCAGAGCUUCCCGUUUGACGACAACGAUGGUGACGGGGAGGAUGAGGAAGACGGGGACGAAGAUGCGCGGGACUCAGAGACCAAGGUGCAGAGCUUGAGAGGAACGGAGUUACAGGGGUGCGCCAGUGAAUUUGAUUCAGAAGAUAACCAAGAAAAGAAACAGGUGCCCUUACCAAAUAGCAGCCUGACACCAUGGGAAGUGUGGUUUGUUGGCAAAGAGAAAGAAGAACGUGAUCGUCAGCAGCAAAAAGCUUUAGAGGAAUUAAAUCAAGAACUAGAAAAAAGAAAAGAAAUGGAAGUACGGGAAAAAAGAAAGAUAAUUGCUGAAGAAAAGCACAAGGAAUGGGUUCAGAAAAAGAAUGAACAGCAAAGAAAAGAAAGGGAACAAAAAAUUAAUAAAGAAAUGGAGGAAAAAGCUGCUAAAGAACUGAAGAAAGAACAUUUGCAAGAAAAAGCAAAAGAAAAAUAUCAAGAAUGGCUAAAGAAGAAAAAUGCUGAAGAAUGUGAGAAGAAGAAGAAAGAAAAGGAAAAAGAAAAACAACGACAAACUGAAUUACAAGAAAAAAAGGAAAUAGCAGAAAAAAAGUUUAAGGAAUGGCUGGAAAAUGCAAAAAAUAAGCCUCGCCCAGUUGCAAAGAGCUAUGGUUAUGCCAAUGGAAAGCUUACAGGUUUUUACAAUGGAAAUUCUUAUCCAGAACCAACCUUUUAUAAUCCAAUUCCAUGGAAACCAAUCCAUAUGCCUCCUCCCAAAGAAGCUAAGGAUCAAUCAGGAAAGAAGACCAAAAGGCCCAGCCUGCCAACCUCAAAGUCACCUAUUGUUCCAAGAGGGAUAUGGAGCAAAUCAUUCACUGCCCACGUGCCCACACAGGAGACGGAGAAAAGAGACCCUCAGAGACCGGCCCCUCCCAGUGUUUAUCAGGUGUCCUUCAUGUGCCGGGACCUGUGUUAUGUGCUUGGGAUACAAAAAAGAAUGAGAGAUCUACUGUCGUCCCAGGAGGCUUAUAAACUGAGACUCUUAAAAUGACCUAACCAGGAUGAAGUAUCUAGUAAAUCCGAAGAUUAUCAAACAACUUGGUUUUGACUGUCAUGCUCAUGAAGCUGCACAUAACACUCACUUUUAAGAUAAUUUGUACUAUACCCAGAAUGGUCUUUGAAAACUGCAAAUUUGAACUGAUGAAGUCCUCGCUGUGGGCAUUUGCUCAUCAAUCAUGUUACCAUACAAAGGCUAACAACAAGGUAUCAUGUCCCACCUGCUAGAAGCACACAAUAUUACCCAGGAGAUGUCCUUAAUAUAAGGUAGAAGCUGAAUCUUGUCAAGAUUCUAUAUCUACGGGGAGGGAAGAGCACAAGGGACUAUGAUGAUGGUUCAUGGGUGAUGUGGUAGUGGGAGAUUUAUGGAGACUACACCUGAGGGGAGAAAUCAAAUAUGGUACAAAAAUGAACAGCAAUGUAAGAAAAUAAAAAAGUUGAUUAAAAGAAAAAAAAAGCAUUAGGAAAAGAAGAUUCUCUAUCUAAUUUCCAAUGUACAACUAAUACAGGAGUCAUUUAACCAUCACCUCUGUCUUUUGGCCUCCCAUGUCACUUUGUCUUAGAAUCCAGCUGCCAUGCUAGUCCCCGGGCAAGCUGUGUGAAGGCACUUGGGUUGACAGCUCCAGCUGAGUUCCCAGCUGAUAGUUGUCAUUAGCUGUCAGCAUGUGAAUGGGCAAAGCUGGACACCCAGCUGACGUAUGAGCACAACUUCAGGAGAGACCCCAAUAAGAAGCACCCCAGUGGGUUGAUCCCAGUCAACCCAUAUAGAUAGUAACAACUGUUUUGAGGCACCAAGUUGUGAGAUGAUUUGUUCAAUAGUGUUAUGAACUGAAUGUAUUUUCAAAUUCCAAAUUCAAAUGUCAAAGUCCUGAUCUACAAUGUGAUGGUAUUAGGAGAUGGGGUUGUUAGGUGGGAAUUGGACCCUCAUGAUGGGAUUAGUGUCCUUAUAAGAGGAAGAAAGACCAGAAGGCGCUUGCCCGCCUC